AUGGGUCGGUCGCGAUGGACCUUCGCUUCGUGGCUCAUUCUGGGCAGCUCCAUUUCGCCAGCCUGUGCCGCCAAGAAGCCCUUUAAUAUCAAUGAUGAUUUGCUGGCCUAUCCGCAGUAUCAACUGCUUUUUCCCGACGAAUACAUUCUAGAGGCACAGGCGCACGAGCUCCUUCGCACCAAGGUCGCGCCUGAAUCUCCAGACUCAUCCAAUGUUGCGCGCAACGAGCCUCAAAUUUAUACUGGCAAUCAUCAUACGGAUGGCUCUUACGAACACAAUGGAGAAGAACCACUACCUCCUACAUAUACCUACGAGGAGAUGGUCAUGGGUCAUCGGCGCCUGCUCUGCCAGAUCCCUCGCGUCACUCUAGACGAAACGAACAGCACUGGAAGUCGCGCGUCGCAAGAGGCCGAUGAAAUGAAUGAACUGGCUCGUGCGACAGACCGGGGACUCGAGUUGCUCAAGGAACUCGAGGGUAAAUGCAUGUAUUAUUUCUCCGGGUGGUGGUCGUACUCGUUCUGCUAUCGAAACCAGAUCAAGCAAUUCCACGCGCGACCCGCCGGUGGCGGUGUGCCGAGUUAUCCUCCUGUCGAAGAUCCCAGUACCCACUCUUUCAUUCUGGGGCGAUUUCAAGAUGACAAUGCCAAGGAGAAGCGGGAGAAAAACAGCCAAGAGAAAGCAGAUCAAAAGACGUCUACGGAUGUGGCCGAGUUGCGCACCAAGGGCGGCUCUCGGUACUUGGUACAGCAUUUGCGAGGCGGGACCAAAUGCGAUCUGACGGGUCGGGACCGUCGAAUCGAAGUCCAAUUCCACUGCCAUCCGCAAUCCACGGACCAGAUUGGAUGGAUCAAGGAGCUGACGACGUGUUCCUACCUGAUGGUGAUUUAUACGCCGCGACUCUGUGACGACGUGGCAUUCCUCCCACCACAGCAGGAUGAAGUUCACAACAUCGAGUGUCGAGAGAUCCUCCGCCCCGAAGAAGUGCCCGACUGGGAGGCUGGCAAGGACUGGUAUGCCACCCACCAACUGGCCGAUGCUGCCGCCGCUCACGAGGAAGUAAAAACGGUCGGGGGCAUCGUCAUUGGUGGACAGCAACUGGUGGGGAUGGAAGGCAAGAAGAUCGAAAAGGGUCGAGUGGUCUCCUUUGACGAGGAGACGGUGGAAGUGAUUCUCAAGCGUGAAAAUGGAGAAAUUCAGCGCCCAUCGAAACAAGUCAUCAAAAAGUACAAUCUCGAUCUGGAGUCGAUCGAGGAUAUGAAAAAACGACUGGAAAAGCUGGCCGACGGCAAAGACUGGACUCUGGAGGUGGUUGAGAGCAACGGGAUGCUCAAGUUCCAGGGUGCCAUUGCGAACGACGAAGAUGAUGACGAGGAAGAGGAGGCAGCAGCAGCAGCCGCCGCCGCCGAGAAAGAGCUGGAGAAUGAGAACGCAGUCGUUCUUGACCAGGCGGAUGAUGGCGAAUUGUUUGGUGCUGAGACCACACGCGGUCAAGCAUCAUCAAACACGGGUAAAGCCUCCCAAAAGUCCAAAGGCAAAUCGCAACAACAACGACGACAACAACAACAGCCCGCGAAGAAAGAGCGAGAAGAAGAAGAUGACAGUGACCAGGUGGGCAGUGAAGAGACUUUUAAAGAUGAGUUAUAG